CGACGGUGUCCCUGCCCAUUUGAGUGGUGUAUACGGUAAUGCCAGUCACAGAACUUAAAUUCCCGGGGGCCAUGUCAUGUGCUCACGGGAACUGCCGUCGCACACUCUUACGCCGAAAGCCUUAUUCAUUUCAACGAGGAGGUUCCUGGGAGGUGAUCGCAGAUUUGAUCUUUGGGUGGUGACAGGCUGACAUUGGUUGUCGAGAAAGGAAGCAGGGAGGUCUUCUGCAUUCGUGAUUCUUCAGGCUCUUCCGAAGGCGACUAUGGAGUCGGGCAGCGAUGAGAAGGCGAGCUCAUCGGAGCGUGCAGAACCGAUAUCUAUUUCCAUGGGGAGGUCGUUGCCGGACGACCUUCUGCUGACUGUGCUGCGCAAGCUCCCGCUCGAGAGCCUGUUGAGGUUCCGUUGCGUGUGCAGAGAGUGGAACAAUCUGUUUAUGUCUGGGGAAUUCUCUCCCUCGGCUUGCCACAAACCUGGGAAGCUAGUUCCGCUGUAUCUGAGUGAUGGAGCUCUCAGUCUUUACGACACCGGUAAUCGCUGCUGGGUGCAGCGCGACCUCAAAUUUGGAGAAGAUCGGGGUUCGUUCCUCGAAGAUCAGGGAUAUGAGCUGGUCGCAUCAGGUGGGGGCCUGCUGGCCUUUCUUGCCAAGCCCCUCCUGGACUCCAACUGGCGAGAGCAAUUCCCGACAUUCAUCGUCUCCAACCCUUUGACACGACAGUACCACAGAUUGCCGAUUUCGGUCGCCCAUGGCUCACGUUCCCUCAACAUCCCUGAGGUAGGACAUCUGUUGUGUGGAAUUGACGUAGAUCUGGAAACAGGGUACUACACUUUCAUAUUUCUGGAUCCUCGUUCCACGGAUGGUGGAGCGGAAACUUACGUCUAUGACUCCAAAUUGCGCUCAUGGCGGAUCUGUAGCAGAUUGCCCUCAUCACUCAGGAGCAGAUUGCCCUCAUCCCCCUCAGGAGAUUCGUUCAUACGGGUAUUCACUUCAAUCGAUACAGGACUCAAUGCGUGACGAAGGAGGGAAAGUUUCACUGGAUGGCGAGUUUAAAGGAAGGGGAUCUUGUGGACUUGCUCUAUAUUUACGAUGUGAAGCUCGACGUUUGGGCUCAAGUGCCCCUACUAUCACCUCGGUGCAUGUUUUUCAGAUGUAUGGAGCACAAAGGUCAAGUCCUCGUGGUUGGAUUUCGUGGAAAAUCAGGUAAGAAGCUUUCUUUCUUCGAGAUUGUGGAUCCGAGACUGGAACCCCGGGAUCCAGAAAUGUUUGAUAACACGCUCCUGUACCUUAGAGAGAAGAAGGCGUUGCCCAUGCACUCGGUGGUUGAUGUGCUCUCUGCCUUAGAACAAGACAGAGACAAAGGGACAAGUGGAAGAAAGGAAGUAUGGAUCAAGUGGUGCGUGGGAGCCAGGGACGAAGUAGUUUAUCUUGUGCAAGCGCGAACGGAGGAGUUUGAUGAGAACGGGGUUCUUGAUUUAGUGAAAUCAGACGUAUCUCGUCCGAUGUUGCGCUACGCUGGUGUCGAUAACUCUUGGACGUGGAUGAGCGACUGGAGGAGAACGAAAGACGAUCAUGAAGACUUUCCGCCUUAUAUUCUACAUCGAGUCUGGACUUUCCAACCCUCACUCGUGAGCCCUGGGUCGAUGGAGAGUAUGACCAAUCAUUCAGAAGUCCAAUGACGACGAGUUUGACUUCUCGUAAGUACAUAUUGACCAUGCUUAGAACUGUGGAAGAUGCAAGUGUUGAUUACACAAAGCACCACAAGAUCUUAAUCUUGUGGUGCUACGUGAGAUGUGACAGUUUGACGAUGUUUUCGGGAAAUUUGGGACAAAAAAUUACUGUGUUUUGAAUAUGUGAAGUUUGAGAAAACUGGUUGAAUUCGUCAGAAUCAGAAACUUGUAAAAUGUUCCUUAACUCCAAGCACAGACUUGUUGGCUUGGUGGGAUCACACAAGUGAAUUACAACGUGCCUGUCUGCUCCUCAAGACUACCGA